AUGCCUAUCUUUGCAGGUACUUUUAGUGAGAAGGUAACAAGAACUGUAAGGCAGUUUUCUCCACAUUUAGCAGCAAAAAUGAGGCCUCCUUUAACACCUGUUAUUCGUGGUCGACCAUCAGCUAAGAGAGCAAUUUAUAUAUGUGGACGGCCUCGUUGGGUGUUUGUCUUGAUAUUUGCUUCUGCUACCCUUCUUCAUGCUAGCUUUAGAACACCUAAUCUGAAAGCACGUUUGAACACAUUCCGUGAGGAAUUUCGUGCAGUUUGGCGCAAUUAUAGUGAUCUUCUGGCAUUCCUGGAAGCUUCUGCUUUCCAGAAGUUAGACGAUGGGCUUCUGGCAACUGUUGCCAGCUCAGAAGAUAGGGAUUGUGUUCUUGGAAUUUGGACGUUCAUCACUAAGAUAUUCGAUUCUCAUGUGACAAGCGGCGCUGAUCUUUACAGAUCAUCCAUGGGGUGUCCAUUGUCCAAAGUGAAUGUAUAA